AUGCAGGUGACUCUCACCCCACCGGUCAACGUCGAUGAGGUGGAUGCCGAGAUCGUCGUUGUGGCAGGAUGCGCGUUGGGAUUCGUGGCCCCCGGUCAGCCACCCCACGUCCUCCACGUGGAUCCGGACACGGAGACGGCCAAGCAUGGGAUUCAGAGCGAUGACUUGCUCUUGUCCAUCGAUGGCCAAGAUAUCUCCCAGCUGGACCAGGACAAAGUAGCCGCCCUCCUCCGGACGGCGAAGUCCCUCGUUUUCGAACGACCGGCUGGCGCCGGAGGCGACGAGGACGGAGGGCAAGCGCGCCCGGCGGAGGAGCCCAAGGCUGCGGAAGCCAGGGCUCCUACCCAGGCUCAGCGGAGUCGCUCCAGAAGGGGCAGAAGACACCGAGAGUCCAAACACGCAGACGACAGGCCGCCUCCUGGCCCUCCCCCGGAGAGCGCGCCGCCCGGGUAUCCCCCGGUGCAGCCGCCUCCCUGGGGCGUGGAAAGGGGGCCUGGUUGGCCUCCCAUGGGCAGUCAGCUCAGAGGUCCUCCUAGCGGUUGGAUGGGCAACGCCCCAUCCCCUUGGCCCGUGCAUCCCGGGCCACCGCCUGCUGGGUAUCCUCCGCCUCGGCCUCCCGAGUCUUGGAGGGGUCCCUACGCGGCAGGGCCACCGCCCUCGCAUCCGCCGCCGCAGCCACGCAAAGGUCAGCGGCUGGAGCGGAACGAGAACGGCGGCGUGAGCAUCGUUGUGAUGCAGGUGCCUCCCGGCGUGAAUAAAAUGGAUGUGCUGAACGAAUACUUCGGCCGCUUCGGGCCGGUUUCUUCUCUGCAGAUCAACCAGGUGCGGCACGAGGCCAUCGUGACCUUUAGCCGGAUGGAAGAUGCGGAGGAGGCCUUGCGGUAUCCGGUGCUCAACGACCCAAGCAUAGGCUUGAGACCGUGGCGGGCGAAGGCCGGUCAGCGGGCUCCGGACGAUGUGCCCGCUGAGGUGUCGCCCACCAUAGUAAAUACACCCGUUGUGCCCAGUAUACCCAUCAUCGCCACUGGCAACAUGACCUUGGAGUCCAACCGAGUGUUGGAAGCCAAGCGAAAACGAGAGGAGCUGCAGGAUCGCCGGAAGGCUUUGCUGUCGAGCCUCACGGAUCAGCUGAAGGCCGUCCUGGCCAGGAUCAGCGACCCAGCGACCUCGGAGCGAAAUAGGGAGCAGCUUCAGACCAUUUUGGCGAAUAUCAAAGACAAGAUCAAUGCGCUAACCCCGCCGCAGAAGGAGCAGGAGUUGGCCAAGCGGCGGCUGAUGCCUCCAGCGCGGCCCAUGGCUCCAUACCAGACGAAGUUGGACAAUCGUCCAAGACCCGCCACGCUGCUUUUGUCCAAGCUUCCCGCGGAGAUGCAAGGUCCCGAUGGGGAGGCUCAGUUGCGAGAUGCCCUUGGCGAAAGCGUCGAAUGGAUCCGGGACUGGUCCGACGAUGGAUGCAGCUGCACCGUCCGCUUCCGCGAUCGACGGCAAGCCGAGGCGGCUGUGCAGGGGCAGAAACUCUGGGGCUACGUCGCCAGGAUCCAGGAGGAAAUGCCGCCACAGGCUCCUCACCCGUAUCGGCGGAAGAUGCCGACGCCUAGAUUUAAUCAGCCGCGGCACAUGCACAAGGUGUAUCGGCCUCCUCGCAUGGCCGAAGACAAAGUGCCUGGCACUCCAGAGACAGAGGCCUUCGACUCUGACAUCGAAGACCCAGAGGUCCUCGCCUCCAUGCGUCCAGACGCGACUCUCCAGGAGGAGCUAAGAACAGCCAUGGGCGUCCCAGAGGCUGAUGAUGCAUUGGCCGCGGUGGCCAGCGAUGCAGCCCCCGCGGAGGCGGCCGAGGAAGUGGCCCCGCUAGCUGCAGAAACCACGGCGCCGAGCGAGGUGCAAGAGCCACCGGCGGCGGAUGAGGGAGCUGCUGCCGCGGAUGCGGCGCCGGCGGAGGAGACCCCGCCAGCAGCGGCCGAAGGCCUCGAGGUCCCAGCUGCGGAAGAGCCUCCGGCGGAUCCCGCCGCCCCAGCAGAGGCGGCCGCGGACCCGCCGCCGACGAGCGACGCAGAGCAAAAGACGGCAGAGGCGCCUGUGCCGGCCGCCGAGGUCGGCGAAGCAGCAGCGCCGGCUGAAGGGGCCAGAGAAGUGCCCUGA